AAAAAAGUGAAACUAGAAAAAGCGAGGACCUAACUUUUCAUGGGAAGGGGUAGGCAAUAGGCGUAGAUAGAUAGAUAGAUAGUGUGGUCAGUGGUGGGCGACCUCAUCAUCUAUUAGCAUUUUUAUCUUAAAUUCCCCAACAGAGCUCUCAGUUUCUGGAUAUCAAUUUAGGGUUCUAACGUUUUGUAGUUCCUACAGAACUCUUCUUCAACCAUCCCUCUCUUUGUGCUCUUCCUGCUUGUUUCACGCGAUUACUGGACUUCUGGAUCUGUUUCAACAGUGGCAUAGUGGCAAGUUUUGGCAUCUAUAUAACACCCUUUGAAGGUUGUUUGGUAUUUAUUGGGAUCAUGGUUCAUUAAAGAAGCUGAUUUCUGGAAGUUGAAUUAUCUUCAUACAAGAGUUUUGUGAGAACUUAGUGGGUUGUGCUGGGGUUCUGAUCCAAGAGAACGUUAAGAGUAAAAAUGGGUCGGUUAUGUGAUUUCUGUGGGGAGCAACGAUCAAUGGUAUAUUGCCGGUCUGAUGCUGCUUGCUUAUGUUUGGCUUGUGACCGGAAUGUCCAUUCUGCGAAUGCCCUUUCUAAACGCCAUUCAAGGACUCUUCUAUGUGAAAGAUGCUACUCGCAAUCUGCCAUAGUUAGGUGUCUUGAAGAGAACAUAUCGCUUUGUCAAAAUUGUGAUUGGAAUGGACAUGGCAGCUCAUCCUUGGGUUCAGCACAUAAGAGGCAGACAAUUAACUGUUAUUCUGGGUGCCCUUCUGCAGCAGAAACUUCUAGGAUCUGGUCAUUUGUUCGUGACUCCCCAUCGGCAGAUGAUUCAAAUUGUGAACAGGGAUUGGGUUUAAUGAGCAUCGACGAGAACAAUAUCAGUAAUUUUUGGGGGCCUACUGAAAAUGACGGCACGAGUGAUUUUGCUGUUGCAAAUGGAAUGGAAGAUGUGGAAAAUGUUGAUAAGUUUUGUAUGUCGAUGGGAUCCUCUUCAGUGCCUGCACCGAACCCCAUGCCAUGCAUUGCAGAUCAGCCAUCUGGGUCUGUGGAUCCAAGAACUAUCAAGUUAUACUGUCCUGAUACAAAAGUCUUUGGAGUCUGUGAAGAUAAUGAUCUUUUUGAAGAUCUCAAUGUGGAUGACUUUGAUUUGAACUUCGAGAACUAUGAAGAACUCUUUGGUAUGUCUCAAAAUAAUCAAGAACAACUUUUUGAAAAUGGUGGGAUUGAUAACUUGUUUGAGACAAAGGACAUGUCUGCUGUGGAUUCCAACAGUCAGGGCGAAUUUACGACAGAGGUCAAAGCAAUGCAGUCGGAAUGUAGCAAUGCAGCGUCUGCUGAUUCCGUGAUGAGCUGUAAAACCGAACCAAACCUCUGUUUUGCAGCAAGGCAAGCUCAUUCAAGUGUCUCACUUUCAUUUUCUGGAUUAAACGGAGAAAGUAAUGGUGUAGAUUACCAAGACUGUGGUGCUUCAUCAAUGAUAUUAAUGGGUGAACCUCCAUGGUUUUCUCCCUGUCCAGAGAACUCAUUACCAUCAACUAGCAGGGACAGUGCUGUCAUGCGUUAUAAGGCGAAGAAGAAGGCUAGGAGCCAAAACAGGUUUGAGAAGAAGAUCAGGUAUGCCUCUCGCAAGGCCAGGGCUGAUGUAAGAAGGCGUGUGAAGGGCCGGUUUAUUAAGGCAGGCGAUGCUUAUGACUAUGACCCGUUGUGUCAAACCAGAAGCUUCUGAGAGUAAAGUUUUAAUCUCUACUUAUAAGAAAGGGGUGGGGGUUGAGGCUAGCUUAAGAUCAACUUUCGAAAUUUCCAAAUUGAUUUUAUUUGAAAGAUUUGACAUGUUCCCUGCUUCUGUUUGCAAUGACAAAUUGUGUACCUUUGUUUUUCAGAGGCAUUGUUGUCACCUGUAAAUUAAUAUCAAGAAAAGGAACAAAAGGGAAGGGAAGGGGAGGGGAGGGGAGGGAAAGGAAAGGCUGUAGGAGGUGAGUUCGAUUCCGAAGCUCAAAUAAUGGGAAUUCAGGUGGACUGUUCUAAUAUACUUCAUCAGCAACUACCUUGGUGGAUUGUGAUGUCUUCUGAUCGAGAAUCGAGAUAACUGAAAAUGUGUCCCCUGCCUCUGUACAACUCAUCCUAUGGUUGCCAAUUCCCUUACCUUUUUGAGGGCAUGAAAACAUGUUUCACCUUUUCUAGGAAAGGGAAGAGCGUCUCAUCUCUGUGCAACUUCACCCCCUCAUCCCAAAUCACUGCUGAUGUGAUGUGAUCAUGUACACUUGUUCUUGUACUUCUCCCCCUAACUUGAGGGGUAUAUUUACCAUGCCAACAUGGGUGGUGAUACCUUCUGGGUCAGACAGAAGAAAUUUAUUUUUCACUUUUUUUGGGGGUUGUUAUAUGUAGCCGAGGGUUAUCUAUGUACUCAAAUAUAAUUUGUAGGAUAUUGGAGAAGUCCAUGUAAAGAAGGGAUUUGAAAUAGAGUUGUAACUUUUUCAUUUGGGUUUGCAGAGUGUAAAUUGGCCUUGUAAGUGUUGAAUACCUCCUAUCACAGUCAUUUUUAGUUAUGUGAAAUCCUCUGAACACCUAAA